AUGACAGAAGUGAAAGGAACUCCCAUCAUUAAAGGUUCACGAACAAUGCAAAUAACUGGCUUAUAUAAAGGAAGGGCAAUUAUUAUAAAAGACUCUUACAGUGUUAUAAAUAAGAAGCUUAAACUAUUUCCUGCUAUGUUUAACUUACAAACAGGACCGAAAGAAGUAUUUCCAUACAACUACUACAGCAGUGUUUUGUUAGCAAAUGACAACAGAACUGGUGUCAUUUCUGAAGCAUGUAAGUUUAAAGAUAUUGAUACAUUCAUGAAAAACAUAGAUUCCAUCAAAGGUUGCAGAAUAGAUGAGAACCACUUCGACUUAGAAAAGUAUAGCACAUUUUAUUGCAAACAAGAUGUAAGAAUUUUAAGAGAAGGUUUUGUUAAGUUCCGCAAUGACAUAUUGAAAGAAUUUGAUUUAAACGUUUAUGACUACGUUAGUAUUUGUUCAAUUGCUAACAAAUUGUUUGAGAACAGAGUGUACUUCCCGAAUGGAAAUUUAUAUGACCUCUCAAAUAAACCAAGAGAAUUUAUUUCACGCUGUAUUCAAGGUGGAAGAUGUAUGCUGUCAGAUAACAUGAAACAAAAGAGCGAAAAGAAACUCAUUGCUGACUUCGACGCUGUUUCAUUAUAUCCAUCAGCUAUAGCAAGACUUUAUACUUUAGAAGGUAUUCCAAAGGUUAUGAAGAAAGAAAUGUUAAGCACAGAGUAUCUCAUGAGACAUUUAUUCGAUGACGACCAAAAGGAACCCAUUGGUGAAAAGUUUAUGUCUGGCUUCUUUGUUCUCAUUAAGAUAACAGAGAUUGGAAUACAUAGACACUUUCCUUUAAUAGUUU